CCGACGGUGCUCAAUCUACACUACACAGAGUUCCGGAACAAACCCUAACUCCCCAAAGCAAGAAAAUCGGAGAUAUGGGAGUGGAAAAGGAAAUUCUGACGGCUGGAACUGGUCCCAAACCGGUCCCCGGACAGAAAGUUACCGUCCACUGCACCGGUUUUGGUAAAAAUGGUGACCUUUCCCAAAAAUUCUGGAGCACCAAGGAUCCAGGGCAGAAGCCUUUCGCUUUCCAAAUUGGCCAAGGAAAAGUAAUCAAAGGAUGGGAUGAAGGUGUGUUGGGAAUGCAAGUGGGAGAAGUUGCUCGAUUACAGUGCUCUCCCGACUAUGCCUAUGGUCCUGGUGGAUUUCCAGCAUGGGGCAUUCAGCCUAACUCAGUCAUCGAAUUUGAGCAAAUCCGAUCCAUAAAUCCGAUCCAUUUACAGCCCUAA